AUGCGGCGACGAAACAACAGCAACGCCGGUUGCUGCUGCCAGAACAACAAGAGGGCCGGUCGUGGCGGUUACAACGACGCGGACGGAAACGAACCACCCGGAUGGUGCUUGUACGCGACCGUGGCUCUGGUGGCCGUUGCUUGCUACCUGAACGCGUUAAACGGUGAUUUCGUGCACGACGAUAUACCGGCGAUUGUGAGGAACAAGGACGUGCUCGCGCAAACACCUUGGACCAGUAUUUUCAACGACGACUUCUGGGGCACCCCCAUGCACGACGUCAACAGCCACAAGAGCUACAGACCGUUCACCACCCUCACCUUCCGGUUGAACUACCUGAUGUCAGGAUUAACGCCAAGCUGGUACCACGCGACGAAUAUUGCCCUGCACGCUAUUGCAUGCGUUUUGGUCACAAGGGUGAGCCUAGUGGUGGCAUCGCUUCGUCCAGGAUUUGCUGCUCUGGCAGGCUUGCUGUUUGCUGCUCAUCCUGUGCAUACUGAAGCGGUGACUGGCAUUGUAGGACGAGCAGACGUUCUGGCCUGCAUUUUCUUCUUGUUGUCCUUCCUAGCCUAUCACGGACAGCAGACGGCUUACGUAUGGAACAGCGUGUGUCUCGGAGCGUUGUCGAUGCUGGCGAAGGAGACGGGCAUUACUGUUUUGCCUCUAAACCUUCUUUACGACCUUUGCCGUUCCUGGCAUUCAAUCAAGAGGUCUAUCUUCGAAGCCAGGUGGAACGACGACUCCAGACACUUUUCUCGGCGAGCUGCCGCUCUGCUGGUUUCGUUUGGCGUGCUGCUGGUUGUGCGACUCGCCCUUCUUCAUGGCGCUCUACCGAAGUUCUCGCCGCAGGAUAAUCCAGCAGCUUUUCAUCCCUGUUUCCACGUCAGAUUAUUGACGUUCUGCUAUCUGGCAGCUCUGAAUUGCUGGUUGCUGCUUUGUCCAGCGACAUUGUCACACGAUUGGCAAAUGGGAUCCGUUCCUCUGGUCGCCUCGUUAGCCGAUACAAGAAAUUUAGCGACGUGUCUAUUCUUCGGCGGCUGUCUAAUCCUCACUUACAAGGCCUUCACGGAUUUCGAGGUGAGAUUUCAAACAAAUGACAAACGGAAUUUCCCGUUCGCUGAAGGUUUAUGCAAAUAG